AUGGCUGUUGACAGGUUCUUGGCCAUUCAUCUUCACAAUCUCAGAUACCAGAAACUUGUGACUCACAAACGGGUUGUUGCUGUAGUGAUCUCAUUCUGGGUGUUCAGUGUAAUUGCUUGCUUCUGGUAUGAAUCGAUAAGUGUUUUGUCCGUGAUGUCAGUUGUUUGUAUCAUAACUACAGGAUUGCUUUAUUGCAAGAUAUACACAGCCGUUAGACACCACACCAGGGCGUAAGAAGCUAGGGUGUUGAAACGAGCGGGGGUCGAGCGAUCUAGCUGUGAUGCAAGGGUUUGGGUACUACCAAAGAGACAAAACAAGAUGGCGGACAUUAUACUGGAUCGUCAGAGUAGAGAGAUUAUCUAGCGAACGUUAGCCAUUAUCCCGUGGCAUUCAUCUACUGCGCACAAUAGCGAAGGAACAAAUUAUUUUUUUCUCACGUUCGUGCUCUGUUUUUUUUCAAUUUUUCCCCCGCGAACAAAUAUCUGUAUUGAAUAUAGUCCCAGCUCCGUGACCCGUAUUACUGAAAAUUUCGUGACUUGGUAAGAAAAUGGCAUCACAACUCAGAUAAUAGCACUGACAUCAUUUUUAGACUAACAUUAUCGGUUCUCUACUUCAGUUUAAUAUCAAGUUGUGUAAUUCAUCAUCUGCUAUGGCAUUAAUUUUUUGCUGCUCAGUUUCAAGGCCAGAUGAUCUGUUAAAGUUUGGGUUUGUUGGUGUACAUCAGUAUUCUUCUCUAAAAACCUUAUUGAGCUAUCUCCAAUAUUGAACAUUACGGUUGGACAGAUUGUGAAACUAACGUCCGGGUAAAUUUAAGAUAUAAUAAAAUCAUUUUUAAUCAUUUUUUAUCUUGUACACUAUAAUACUGCUUUGCAAUGACGAAUAAGUAUGUGAAAAAAAUAUAAUGCACUGCCCUUGAAAAACUAACAAAGAGGUUGCAAGAACACAAAUAAGUAGCCCAGCAAAUAUUUUUGUUUGAUAAUGACAGCUUUUCGUAAUGAAAUGGUCACUGACAACUACCCAUGCAAGACAUACUAAGGAACUUAAAAGAAACUAAACAUUCACAAGUCUUACAUUGAAACCAGACAUUGCUAUAUAUAUAUAUCUUACAGAAACAACAUAAAACAUUUAUAUAACAUACAAAUUCAAAAGUAUAUUGUAAAACAAGAAAAUUAUACAGAAUUAUGCACAAAUGAAAUACAAAUGGCCUGUAACAGCUAUUAAACCAUUGAAAAACAAACUUUUUAGUGUGACCAGCAACCCUAGCACACUUGAAUACUUCAUGUCCAGUAUGAUUUAAUUUCAUUCUUGGUUAAUUUAUUAACUGCAGCCAGGCUUAAUCAAACUUGAUUCAAAAAAUACUUUCCUGUUUCCUUGUCUACAAUAUAUAAUAUUAAGAGGGAGAAUAUAAUGCUAGAAAUAUUAUACAGUAGUACAAUCAAAAGAUAAGGCACCUCCAGGUAAUCGAGUUGGUCCCUACUAUUCUUCAAUCAUUUUCUUUUACUCUCUAUAAGAGUUACACCUGUCCAUUAAUACAGACAUUUUGUGCCAGUCCCAACAGUUUCCAUCUGAGAACUGACUGUAGUUUGUGCAACACCACACUUAAGCCUCUGACGACAAAAAUACAAUGUUACACAGCAGUCUUAAUUUAUUCUACUUGCAAUCAAAUUAAGACCUCUUCAUGUUCUUCUUCAUAUUCACGGUAUUAUGAACUCGUUUAUCUUUCAGUGUGUGUUCUGACUAGUAGUCUUUUCAGGCGGGCACUCACUGUUGUCCUGCAGAAAAUCAUUAUAAUAACAAAUAAACACAUCAUAUGAUUUAAUUUUAUAGUCGUCGAAUCUUGGUGGGGAUUUAAAAGCAAAUUUCUCCAUAGGCUUCAUUCUGUUUCUGUGCAAUACAACCUUUAGAUUUAUACCGCAGUGAAGCAGAAUUUGUUGUUGUUCAUGCACAGACUGUCACACGAGAUCGAAUGCACCUUUAGAUUUAUACCGCAGAAGCAGAAUUUGUUGUUGUUCAUGCACAGACUGUCACACGAGAUCGAAUGCAAUUUUCUAGUAGAACUUUAAAAAUAGUCAGAACCUUCUUGGAUCGCGGUUCUGUAACUAAAAAAAAUUAUUUACCAUUUUAGUGUAUAUUAAAAAAAGAGAAAAAUCGCUAAAUUGGGCAACUGAAAUCUUUUAUUUUACUAACAAGCUAAACGCCGACUCACAAAACAAAAACCUUGCCAUCGCCAUUAUGAAGUCGUCACUUCAGAAGUAAAAAAACCUUAAAGGUUCAUAAAAGUUCACUCUAAAAAUUUGCAUGCACAAAUAAAAUUUAUAAAACGAUUACAUGUUUUUUUGUAGCCGUUUAUUAUCAUUUGGUUUUGACUGGCAGGAUAAAACGCGACCUUCAACCUGUAAUAUUCGAUGGGCCAUUUUGACACUACAUAAACAUAAAAAGCGAGAAAACACCUUAACUUACAAGACUUACUGUAAAAUAUCACCUAAAUACUUUCUGUAUAUCACAUAGAAAUACGAUUGCAGCGAUCUAAAGAUAUAAAGCAAUAAAUCCGAACCUACCCCCAGCUAGACGGCGCCAUUUUUCUUGCCCUGACAGCGGAUCGAGAGCGGAAAGCCCAACCAGUUCCAGUCCUACUCCGCAUCAUAGCUGAACCAUGAUCGUUUCAACGCCCUAGCUUCUUACGCCCUGCACCACACAAACCAGAUUCGCGCUCUGCAAGUACCUGAACAAGUAGCUCAGAAUGGAGACAUGGCAAAUGCCGCAAGGCUGAGAAAAACUGCCGUUGUUACAUUUUACAUGUAUAUCUUGUUUUUAAUUUUCAUAUUUAUAGUUUGUUCAAAAAAUAUAUAAACUCGUGUAAUGCUAAGCUGCGACGGCAACGCCGGAGAAGGGUGAGAAACAACAAUAGGUCCAAUUAGCAAAAAAGCAACCUUGCACGUGCAGGACACUUUUUGUACAUUUCUUUGCCGUUUUUUUGCACGACUACAACGUGAAACUUCCACAAACUUUUUAGUUACUACCCUGCGAGCAGUGGUUUCUCCAGGCCGGCCGCUACGCUUCGAUGGGAAAGAAACCACUGCGAGCAACCGUUUGCUUUUCCAUCGAGCAUGCGAGUCCACGUGAUGACUACAAAUAGCCAACGAGAAGACGGCGACGAGAACUUCAACAAAACAAUAGGUUUAAUAAGCAAAACAACAACUUUGCACAUGCAUCACGGUUUUAUUUUUGCAUUUCUUUGCCAUUUUUGCACGACUACGACGUGAAGAUGCCUAAUUUUGCGUUUUAUGGAUAACGUAAACAAGCAACGACGAAAUUUAUUCUCCUUUUCGCUCUUGAACUUGGAUAUGGUCCCUUGGAAUUCAACUCCAUUUGGGUUCGCCUACAUUUGACAAAGUAAGUAGAUAGGAAUAAAUAAUCCAAAGAAAUACUGAAUAUCCACAGCAGGCUCGCGUUAAGGCAGCAAUUGUAAGCGUAAGCAAAUGCGCGAGAGCCUAAACUUGCUUUCAAACAGGAUUUACAUGUUUAAAGUUAAUUUAUUCGUCCAUAGCGCUGGACGGCGGCUCGAUCAAAGAAGCAGACGGAUGCUCGCAGUGGUUUCUCUCCCUUCGUAGCGUAGCGUCCGGCCUGGAGAAACAACUGCUUGCAGGGUACUUAGUUACACGCUUUAUGGAGGAAAUGUCGCACAUGUUCUCGCUCACUUUCACCUUGCAUUGGUGGCCGCUAGCAUUUCUUAUUUUCUCACCGCAGCUGCAAAAUUGUCAUGUUGUUCUUGUAACAAAAACAUGUCUCCUUUGUUGUUUAUCUCUCGCUCUAUAUCUCUGUCGCCCUUUUUCUUGUUGAGCUUCUCUGGCAUGUCGCCAACGGCUUGGAAACUAAAAUUUCGAGGACGUUUUAGGACUUUUUACAUUUAGGGCAUGAAUUUUUCGUCAUUUCAGGCCAUGGAACCUAAAAAUGAGCCUAGCUAGCUGUAAAAAGGGGCAAUACGGAGGCAAUACGUCCUAGCCGGCAUGAUUACAUGCUGUUUACGGAAAAUUCCCUCAUCCAUGUCAGGAAAUUCUGUAUUUUAAAGCCUCCCCUAGGGCAUGACUCAGCAAUUGAGGACAUUUCUGCUAUGUUUUCAUUGUUGGUUAGCAUGCAAGGAUUUUUCGCGUGCCUAUCGUCAAUGAUUUGCUCACUGGUAAUAGAGGGGGUGGCCCCAGAGUGGUUUUGCAUUGAAAUUGGCAUGCAACAGAAUUUCGCAUGCCCUGUAAACAUAAUUUGAGGUUCUGUGACCUUCUCACCCAGGCCGCGAGAAGCCUAGGUUCUAGUAAUAAGUAAUUCAUACCCAGCAAAAUCUCCGGCAUGCCGGGCAUGCCAAAUUUUCUGACAUGCCCGGCAUGCUAAAUUCUCUGGAAUGCCGGGCGUGCCAUAAUCUGGGUCAUGCCGAGCAUGCCAAAAUUGGUCUCUGGCAUGCUCUCAACGCACAGGUUAUAAUUUCUUGAAUCUACAGAUAUUUUAAGCCUGGCUAAAAACAAAAAAAAAAACUAAACAGAUCACAGUGCUUAUCUUUUGAUGUACGGUUACACGAUGACGUCAUUGCUAUUCCUUUCGUUUUCAUAGAUUUGGUUGUCCCAGAGAACUUUAAAUAACAAAAGCUCUAAUUUUCACAAGCAAGUAAAACCCUGAGGGAUUCGUCCGUAGUAAUAAAACAGCGUCAUCGUGGAGAUGACCCGUUGGGGGAUUGUAAAAACUCCUCACCCCUUUUAAUGAGUCUUUAAUAGGAUUCCCAUUUCACAUUGGGAAUAAAAUGGAAUUGACUGAAAUCAGUAAAAAGAGAGACAGAGACUAUUUUCAUUGUAUAAUAAAAUGCAUCUAUGUUCCAUGAAAGCUUUUAAAGAUACAAGGUUAUAGAAUAUCUUUCAAAGUUCAUUACAAACUGAGCUAAGCCCCAAAAUCAUUGUUCAUUAUUCAGUAAAUUAUGAUGUUUGACAAUGCAAUGUGCUUGAAUAUAACGUUGCAAUUACAAAUCUCUCUAACGCAAUUUUCCCUACGUUAGAAAAGCUGUUAGAAAGUCUGAGUUCCUCUUUCUUGUUUUGUAGGCUUGCCAGUGAUUAAUGUUUUUGUGUCAUUACCAGUGUCUGUGUUCUUUGUUUUUAACUCAAAGUAAGUCAGUAAUAACUGACAGUAUCAAAGAAUUGCUCUCUAGAAAAGUAAUUAUCUCCUCGUCAUGUCUGGAAGUUACCUGUAACAAAAAAGAAAUGGAAUGUUAACACAUGCAAGGGCAAUAUGAAAAAAAAGAAAUAAAACAUGUAGACUCAGCUUCUCUUAACAUAUUUUCAUACUGGCUUGUUGAGUCUGUUAAAGGUCGCAACUAAUUGUCUGAGGCUAAUUUCACAAGAAUGUGCAAUUGAGAUAAAUGCAUGGUAAAUAAAGUGAAAGAAACGUGGUUUCACAUUAGCUAAUUUACAUUGCGUUGUUCGAUGAUGUUUACACGCUUUUCUACUGCGAAAUAAACCUUUGCAUUUGGAUUUGCAAGUCAAGAUUAUACCGAGUUUGACUGACACUUAAUAGAACAACAGUUUCAUUUUUAAACAGGUAAGGUGUAGACCCAUAUAAAGCCGGAAUAUGUGAAGGAAACUCAGCGAAAACUUUUUCGCAUCUUUUUGUGGCGAUAUUCUCUCACGGCCCGUCAACUGAUUAGGGGUUGCGAAGAAAAAAUAAAUUAGGACCAAAGGUUAAAGCCUGUCCGGUUACACCAUUUCGUAUGUUACCUAGUGUUCUAAUAAACAGGUCAUAAAACAGGAUUUAACGAGUGCGAAUUUGUUUCUCAAUCGGUGUAUAAAAAAGUGAGGCUAUCAAAUGAGAAGUUUAUAGAGCAUCAAAAUUAUUAAAUUAAAAGCUCACAUAAUUAGGAAAAUUCCUAUACGAAAAUAAUGCUAGUGACAUUAAAUUGAUCAGAUAAAAUUCUCAGAAAAUAUGUCGAAUAAAAGCCUCAUUGUUUGCUUUUGUUUUUGCUUAAAGGUAAAUUUUUCGGCCCACAAAGCAAAGUUGAAAAACCGACUAAAUCUUAGUUUUUUACAUUGAACAUGUUUAUUAGCUUAGUUUUCGUCCGUUUUAAAAGCUUUAUAACCCAAUCAUAAUUUAAUCAUAAAAUAGUACAAAAUCAUUUCAAAAACCAUGUUCUUUGAAAGUAGAGCCGGCAAACGUGAACAUUUUGUAAUUCAAAAGUCGGACCCAGCCAGGUUGUUUAAGCUUAGAAUUAUUUGCAUUUUAGCGUCCUAUAAAUUUACCAGAAUCGUCUCUCAGAGGCUUACUGUAGCAAAGCAAUUUUUAGUACACUCGUAGACAAGCAAUGUAAGCCUUAAGUCUUUGCUUGGAUGAGAUGUCCAAAAGAAAAAUUAGUUUUGUGGACUUAAACGCACAUUCACAGACUGCUUAUAUUGAGUUGUUUACAACUUUGCAUUGACACACGCGGCAUGUUCAUUUUUUUAAAGCGAAAUCCAAAUCUGAUUUUGGCAUUUGAUUUACGGAUAUUUUAUUUUGUCUCCAAAAGUGAUUGUAAUAUCCGUUUGAUUGCCUUCCAAACAACAGUCAAACUAUGCAGCAAAAACAAGUAACUUUACCAGUACAGUGACAAAAAUAUGACCGUAGGUGGCAAAAAUAAUUAUACUCGAGCUAUAAAAUUAGAUCUGACUUUUUUUAGCUUUGGUUUCUUAUUAUUGAAGUUUUCUCUAGUCUUCUUAGCAGCAGAAGAAGAUUACAAGACAUACAAACAGAAACAAUCCGAAGUGAACGAGAUGACAACCACUUAUGCCGGAGUUCUUAGGCAUGCUCAACAGCAAGAUAAACUGAAUGCCUAAAGGCUAAUUCACGGGAUUUGUUCAAUAUUCAGGCUUUUUCUUUACCAAAUUAAUACUAAAUUUGUUCUUACAGUCUCUCGCAGAGUCCAUUUCUUGUUCAGCAUUCACCAACAUCUCAACCAUGCACCGCAGAAAAAAAAGACAAACAAGUGCGAAGAGACAUGACAAUAUCGUGACGCGACAACUGCCACGCUACAACAAACUAGAUUCAUCGUCAUCCGAAAACACUUCUGCGGAAAUUCGGCCCAUUUCGUGCGUGCUCGGGGUAUCUUCGGAUGACGCAGAUGACGUUGCUCAAAGGACUAUCGUCAGCAAGGAGUAAAACAGUUUGCGAGAUUCGCAUAGCCGACAAGGAGCGCGCUGAAAAACUUUGCAAAAUCUCUCUGAGAAGGCAGUCCAAAUUCACCAAUCAGAACGUCUUUGCAGUAUUAACGUCGUACUCUCGUACUGACUUGAAAGACCUGGUAAGCUUAAUUUUCACCAGUCUUUUAAUGCUGUCGGCCGGGAAACAUUCCGACGCCAUAAAACUUAAGCAUGGAUAAGUUCAUACUGAGAAGAUUUGUUAUCUUAUUGUUUAAGACGCUUUUCCCCGAUCAAAUUUAAAUCUGGACCCAGAAAUGUCAGUAUCGGUUUGAAAUAAAAGGAUUGAUCUUUGAUUGCAAGUUAAGUAUUCUAUUUUAUGCAUGAAUAAUGUUGUUUUGUUGUGCUUUUUAUUUAUAAAUCCAAAUAAGUCUUCAGUUUUGCCAGUCGAUCCCGUGACACACAUUGUGACAAACAUGACUUUUUUUGUUAUAAUCUGCAUUUAUUGCCAGGCUUGAAACCUGUAACUUCAAGCUCCCUAAGAUGUAUUUGGCGAUUAUAUGUGAUUCUCAGGAUAUGAUGCUGAAGCGAGCAUCAAAAUCAGUCUCGCUGGGCAUGCCAAUUUGUUGCCUGGCAUGCCGGGCAUGCCAAACCAAGUGGCUUCACCAUCCGCAUGCCCGGCAUGCCAAACCAGAGGAGCAAAAACUGGGAAUGAAUGAUCAACCCGGCGAGAGAUCUGGGACCUAAGUUUAGCUGGGUCAAUUUUAGGCUGCGAGGGCAUGAACCCAUUUUUUCCAUGCCUAUGAGAUGUUAUUUCUAAGUACCAAUGUUCCCUUGAAUUUUGUCAUGCCUAAAUAUAUAAAAUUUUCCCUCCCUCAUUAAUCCUCAGACUGGAUGCGAUUUUUACGCUCGCUAGGCAUGUUCAACUGAAAAUCAUGCCCAUACCCUUAUUCAAAACAAAAUGCUAUCAAAUUUUAGUUUCCAAGCCGUUUCGCCUACUUUCUCUUUUUCUCUGUCUUUCUCUUGCUCUAUUUUCCAAUUUUUUGGGCAUGACAGUUCAAUUAGUCUAAGCUUUUAAGCUCAGAUUAAUUGUCAUGUCUAAAGAUGUGGAGAAGUAUUACAAUACUUCAGACAACACGGAUACAGAAACAAUUUCUGCUUUCCGUUUUCGUCUUUAUUGACUCUUUAGUUGUCUCUGCUUUACAAGACUCGGGUGGCUAUGCGAUUUCCCGCCCAAAUAACCUGAGUUGCAUUUGGGUUGCCAUACCUGUUGAUUGACUUAUUUUGCAUUGGUAUGCCUGUGGUGCGGACAGACGGUCGGUUGCUCGGUCGGGCGGUGUACGGUCACGUGAUUAGCAAAUUUUCUAGCAUGGGUCGAUUUACUUUGCUAUGUGGCUCCGCAAGCGGGCGCUUCGAGCGCGCGUAGAGCUCCGCUAAGAACAGAAUUAAUUUACACGUUCGGGGAUGGUUCAAACUUUGGAGAAGGCAUCCUAAAUAUACAGGUAGCUACAAUUGCAUUAAUACAGGUUUCAUUGUAUUUCUCUGACGCACAGAUAACCAAAUUUUCUUACCCACGGUGCACCGCUGCGCGCGCGAGAGCUUUGCCAAAAAUGUUUGUGGUGAUCCAAGACGUUCAAAACGCCAAAAUAGAUUUAUAUCACGCGGUAGCCAUUUUGUCUCAGGAGAUUUAAAAAGCUUUGUUUAUGCACAGCUAGCCUCGUAGAGAGAGCGAGGCUUUGUAACAAAGCUUUUCAAAUCUCCUGAAACAAAAAUGGUCGCAGUGUGACAAAGGUCUAUUGCCUAAUUCCUUUGUAUCGCGUAUCGUCUGUCUGGCCUGGGGGUUAAUUAUUCCUUCUAAUGACCUGUGCGGGGAGGCUCAGGUAUAUGAAAGGGUAAGGAUUUCACUAGUUGAAGUAAAUGAAACUGUAGGGAAAUUUGUCAUUUUGGUCCCUAACAAGGCCCAAAAGAGCUGAAAGAUGCAUUAUGUCUGCGAGAGAGUCGGCGCGAGAAAGCUUUCUGGCUUUCUGAUUUGUUCACAUUUAAAAGACAGUACAUUUACAGCAGUUCGAAGGGAUACAAAGUUCUAAACUAGGUAUGUGAAAGGGGUACCAUUUAUCAAUAGAAGACAGACGAAAGGGAUACUGUUAAAGUGACAAAUGCAAUAAUUGACCACAAAUGAAGUCAAAAUUGGCCAUAAAUGUAAUAGAAACCUAAAAUGCUAUCAAAACCGUAUAUUUCUCGAAAAAGUGCCGCUUUAAAUUAAAGUCGGACACGAAUAAGUUCCGCGGCACCCUUUCGAAAAACACAAUUCUAUUGCCGUGAUUUAAUCCAAAGAGCGCAGCCCUCAAAUAACUUUCGCAACUUAAAGUCGAAAAACAAUAAGCGCCAUGGCGCUCUUUCAAGUAAACAGAAUUUACUACACUCUUCUUGCGCCCACUCGCUCUCUCUCCGGACGAGAAACAUUUUUUUACUUGGCCUGACCGUAUCAGCAAAUCGGGACUAGUGUGCGAGAAUUUGCAUCAUAUAUUGGGAGUGUCAUGUGGACAAACUAAAAGCCAGGGGUUACUCCUGAUCUGCCUUCUCCGCGCAUGCGUGGGAGAACUGCCUUGCGGUUCUCAGCCAGCAGCUCCCAAAAUUGGCUCAAUGACCAAAAUUGUGUUUCGUCAAGUUCAACACACGGAUACAAACUGGAAAAUAUGAAAUCGGCGGCGUUCCCACAUGCACAUGUUACAGUUACAAAUUUUAAAACUAAAAGACUGGUAUCUAACAACUAAAUAUUACAGAUUGGACCAUAAUGAUUACAUAAAAACGGAAAAGAAUAACACAGCAGUUCACACAAUAGCAUCGACCUGUUAAUUAACAGAUUAUUCUGGUAAAGUUGAAUUCUUUCUAACUAAUUGAAGGAAGGAGUUUUUCGAAAUCAUACCUCCAACUGAUUCUAGCCUUAAAUUCGUGGAGAGCUAAAUCUUUAGUUGCUAACUUAUUCAUGUACAAGUAAUAUUUAGCAAGCAGAAGAGUAAAAUCGAGCUUUUUGACAAUUUCCAAUCAUUUCUAUCUUAUAAAAAGCUAAAAAUACUAUUUCUUUUGAGGCGAUUUCUCAAACCCCGAACUUUGAGUGACAAGAUGAAGUGUUUACCUUGUACCGUUACUGUAAGAUAAGGUAAUAGGGAAAAAACACUAAAAGAGAAUCUGUUAAUUAACUGGCCGAUAAUCAGGAGAAUAGCUACCAAGAAGAUAUAAGUACAACUAAGUGCAGGAUACAGACCUUGAAAUAAGGGGGGGGGGGGAAGGGCGGUCAUCCAGACCCUUAGAUAAGGGUGGGCCCAGUCUCCAAAAAAAGUUUUUUUGGCCCUUCGGGCCUCAGUCUGGUCUAAAAAUAAGACGAGGGGAGGCCGGGCCCCCUGGGCCCGUCCCCUGGAUCCGAUGCUGCAACUUCAGACAAACAAAUUUCAAGGAUUUUUCAAAGACAAAUUACAGUUUUUAAGGACUAAGAUUUAUUUUAAAAAUCGGCAUUCUUCAACCCCCUUUGAUCACUCUAUUGGCUAAAACCCUAGCCUUUACAAUUAAUUUUUACCUCCAUACUACUUUCCGCAACAAGACUGACUGGGUAUGACUUGCAGUUGCAUCUGAGGUACAGAAAUAGCAUUUGAAAUAGAGAAACAGAAAUAAAAUAUUGUUCGUGCACAAAAAUGUUUUUACGUUACCCGCGAGUUUUACAGGUUCUUGUAAACCGAGGAUAAGCCAAAUUCUCCUCGGUAAAAUAAUCCGAGUAAUUUUACAGAAAAAUGAAGGUGUAUACAAGAGUGUGAAUUUCAAAGACUUUUCAAGACCUAAUAAAGACAUCAAGUAUUUUUUAAGGACCUAAACCAAAUUCAAGGACUCAGACUUUUCAAGACGACUAGCAAAAUUCAAGACCUUUUCAAGAUUGAACGGACCUUGUAUAACAGAAGCAGAAAGCAACGCUAAACGGUGACGGCAAAGAAAACGACAAAAAAUAUAGCAAAUAGGUCUAAUAAAGAGGAAAGGUGUGACGUCACGUUGCCAUGGUAGCAAAAAUUCUGGAUGGCAACAAUGAAGAGCUUAAGCAAGGAUGACGGCGAAAAUAAUGCGAACGGCAAAAAGCGAUAGGUUUAGCAAAACAACAACUUUGCACGUGCAUCAAGCUUUUUUCUAGCUACAUUUCUUAGCUGUCGUUGCACGACUGCGACAUGGAACUUCCUAAUUUCACGCUCCCGCUCUAUGGAGUUGGUCAACACAGCACAAAAAUUUUCUUUUUCUAAACUCAGGCACUGUCCUUUCAGAGAAUUUUGUCAACAUUAAACACAUUAAAUGAAACUGAAUAAGUUCGAUGAAAUUUGAAACAGUGCGAAUUUACUUAGUUGAGUGACGUUUUUGGUUUGUUGUCUGAUCCAAAAAUUUUGCUACUGUGGCAAAUAUUAGCAAAAAAACAACAACAACAACAACCUUGCACGUGCGCAGCACACUUUUUUGUACAUUUCUUUGACGUUGUUUUACACGACUACAAUGUGAAACUUUAUGUUGGAAUAUGUCGUAUGUGCUCACCAUAUGUUUUGUCGGGUUCCUGUUCACUUUUUUCUACUCUGCCGCUCAUUUUCACCUUGUUGGUCGCUUUUUCUCAUUUUCUCACCGCCAAUUUCCAUGUUUUCGAAAUUUGUCUCUUGUUUUCUGUCUAACGCUUUAGCUCUGUUGUCGACGUCAUUAAAGACUUUAAAAUUUAAUCGGACUUGACUUUGUCCUUGGUUUUCUCUCUCCGUAAGUCCGGAUGGUCUUUGCCUCCCUAAAAAGUCAGGGUGGACUCCAGGUUUCCCGCCAAAAAACCCCGUGUUACAUUUGCCAUUGUUGUUGAUUGAGUUAUUUUACGUUGGUAUGCCUGUGGUGCGGAGGGGUGUGCGUACGCUCACGUGACUAUUAAUGCAUAGUGAACCAAAAUUCGUACCCAUGGUGCACUGCUGCGUGCGCGAGAGCUUCGCCAAAAAUGUUUGUGGUGAAACAAGACGUCCAAAACGCCAAAAUAGACCUUUGUCACGCGGCAGCCAAUUUGUCUCAGGAGAUUUAAAAAGCUUUGUUUAUGCACAGCUAGCCUCGUAGAACCUUAACCUUCUCUUGGGGCAUGAAGAUUUUCAGAGAUUUCAAGGAAAUUUUUUGCCUGAUCUGAAUUUGUCUCCAAGAAAAAUAUUAAAACUUUAUACCGACUAUCCGCUGAGCAAAAGUUACGGAAUUACAGCUUUCAACCUUAAACAUUGGUUCAAUGAACAUAAUUUAAUAUCUAUUGCGAGCGUAAAGUCACGGCAUUGCUCAAGCACUUUGCAACGGCAAAAUAUAUUAAAGUCUUCAGCCUCGCCGACGCCUAUUUCCCUUUCGUAAACGAUCGUUGCCAUUCAUAACACGCGAUGCCACCAUGUUGGUAACCAAGCCUUUAGUCAUGAUGUAAUAUGUUCCCUGGAUUAACUUACAACAAGAACGCUCUUAAAAGGGCUAGUCUCGCUUGCUUGGAGAUUAGAUAAGAGAUCAGGAGGCGAUUAAUUCUACUCGAAGCAGGAUUUCUUCGCUAAAAGGUUUCACUUCCCACUUUAUCGACGGUCGAGUAAUUUUCAGAAUAUUUAAUGAGUAUUUUCUUCUGAAUAUACGCGUGUACAAAGACAAAUCAUUGCUAGAAAGUAAUAACGUGAUGAACAUGGCGCGUCAUUUCAAUCAUCGCCAAAAAUAAAUCGCAAGCUCCUCACAAGACUCAUUUUUAUACCAUGAAAGUUUACAACGCCCGACCAGUUUAUAGCCCCACCAUCGAAGUUUUCACUGAAGCAUUCACUUGUUCCAAAGUAAUCAACGCUUUCAAGCAAUAGAAUUCGUGGACCGACCCGUUCCCGGAAAGCUCAACAUCUCUGCAUCAAUCUUUCCUAAGCUUUCUUUACAAAAAAGAGCAUGGUGCUGUGACAGGUAGCAAUUCCCAUCCUCAGUUUCCAUGAUCUCCACUAGUAACGCCUGGGACCAUGAUUCCCUUUUGGCGCGCACACAAGCGAGACUAACUACCUACUGUGCUGGUCUAUGUUUUAAAAGCUUAGUUAGUAAGUUUUUUUUUUUUUUUACGGGGAACAAGUUCCUUCUCUCAACCCAAAAGACUCGUCGUUUGUCACGGUUACUAAAACAAAAGGGCAUUAUCAAUCAUUUGCCCCAGUCUGUCUUAUGACGUUGUACUUAAUGAAACUGGUAUUCCGACCAUUAUUUCAUAUUGCGAGGACAUAUGUGACAAGGUUUUUAACGCUGCCCUCUGCAACAAGGAUAACAAACUUAACAAGUUAUUAACUGAAGCCAAUAAGACUGCAUAUUUGUCAAGCUCAAGGUUAAGAAACCCAAGAUUACCCCUCAGUACAUUACCACUCUAAGUUACAAGAAGUAUAAUGCGGAUCUCUUUGUCACGGAUCUAGCUAAGGAAGCGGAUUCCCUGCUCACUAUCUUCGAUCAAACCGAUGUAGACUCUAAGCUCAAUAUUUUAAAUGACACUUUGCAGUCUGUCCUGAGCUUACACGCUCCCGUGAAACAAAUUAAACUUCGGAGUAGACCGUGCCCUUUUGUGAACCAGGAAAUCAAGGAUCUUAUGAGAUCGCGAGAUCUCCUGCUGAAGCAAUUCAUACAGUCGCGCCAAGACACCGAGUGAAUAUAUAAAUUUCAAACAUUCCCGUGACUUGGUCAAGAAAAAGCUACAAGAAGCUGAAAGAGAUCACACCUUUGAAGAGGUCACAGCUAAUAAAAACAACUCUGGCUCACUCUGGAAAAUUAUUAAUUGCGCCAUCCCCUCCAAAGAUAAACAGAGACCAGCCUUUACAAAGGAUGUGACAGUCUUAACCAACGAAUUCAAUCAGUUUUUUGCUAAAGUCGGCUUAAAUGCCGCUGACGCAGUACAGCGCCUGAGGGAAGAACAUAACAUCAUAGUCCGAGAUUUUUCAUCCGAAACUGGCAUAGAUACUACCUCUAUGGAAUUAUUCAAUUUAAGGACAGUGUCACGUGAAGAGGUUCGCCGAAUUGUAACAUCUCUCCCAAUGAAUAAAUCUCCGGGACCGGACAAGAUCAGUGCCCGUGUACUAAAAGACUGUCUCCCUGUCAUAUUGGGCCCUUUUACUGACAUCAUCAAUUGCUCUAUCCUUACUAGCACAUUUCCUGACAAUUGGAAAGAGGCUGAGGUGAUUCCGAUUCUUGAAGACGGUGACCAUGAAAAAGCUGCCAACAACAGACCGUUAUCUCUGCUAGCCGUAGCUUCAAAGGUCCUCGAAAGGAUUGUUUUGAAUCAGUUUAGCGCCUAUCUCACAAAAAACAACCGCCUUACCUCACACCAAAGCGGCAAUAAAAAAGCUCAUUCUACAGAGACCUUAAACAUCCUGCUCACGGAUAAGAUACUCGAAGCAAUGGAUAAAAAGCAGAUAACAGCACUAGUACUAUUAGAUCUAUCCAAAGCCUUUGACAAUAUAGACCAUGCAAGGUUGCUCCACAAACUUUCCAUCUUAGGAGCCUCACCCUCUACUGUCAAAUGGUUCAAGAGCUAUUUAACUGGUCGCAGGCAAUACGUGAGAAUUGGCUCCGCCUACUCUGACACUCUACCUAUAACUCACGGAGUCCCUCAAGGCGCAAUCCUAUCACCAUUGUUGUUCUGCAUUUAUCUCAACGAUUUACCCACGGCACCGACGUUUUGCAACCUAGAAUCGUAUGUGGAUGACUCAAAACUAUACAUGUCAUUUCCUCUCGUUGAGCUUGAUGCUGCCAUUGAAAAGCUCGAACAAGACCUUCACAGUGUAGCUCAAUGGUGCUGUGAGAACCAUCUCCUUAUCAAUCCCGAUAAAACUAAACUCCUUUUCCUCGGUACCAGACAGAUGUUAAGCAGGUUACCAGAAGACCCUAGAGUGGUAUUCUUAGGUAAAACACUGAAGCCAACAGACUCUGCCAAGGACUUGGGAGUCUUUCUUGACCCCCAUCUGACCUACGAUCACCAUAUUUCAUGUGUAGUCUCAUCUUGUUUUGCAAAGCUUUGCCAAAUAAAUAGAGUCAAAAGGAGCUUCGACAAGGAAACACUAGAGUUGUUAAUAACGUCAUUAGUCUUUAGUAAGAUGCUUUACUGCUCAUCUGUAUGGUCAAAUACUACACUCCAGAAUAUAAACAGAUUACAAUCUAUUCAGAAUUUUGCCAGCAAGAUCGUAACAAACUCUAGGAAGUUUGACCACGUAACACCUUUGCUUCGAGAGCUAAAUUGGCUUCCUGUUAAAGAACAAUUAUUCUAUAGAGACUCCGUUUGACCUUUAAAUGUCAGAACGAUCUUGCGCCAGCCUCCUCCUCAGGCGCUUCGUUUUUCGCAUGGCAGAGGCGAGCGCGAAACGAGUGACUGGUGAUGAACCGCAAGGGACCAUGGGAAUGAAAAGAGAAACGUCUGGGUACGAGGCAGAUCUUGCGCCUCAAUACUUAACGAGCAAGUUUACCAAGCGCUCAAAUAUACAUACUUGUAACACUCGUACGCGGAAAUCUUUGCAGAUUCUGCUAUACAGAACGGCUAUAGGCCAGCGCACAUUUUCCUACAGAGGGGCCAACACAUGGAAUAAGUUGCAUAAUGAACUUAGGCAAAGUGCCUCAUUGACAUCUUUCAAGCGCGCCCUGAAAGACAAACUAUUGAGGCAGACAUUUCCUUCAUAAGCUCUAGAAUUUAGUAGAAUACCAUCAUAAAUUGUGUUUUCGAGUUUUAUUAUCAUUUUUGCUUUUAUAAAUUGUAAAUAGUUUGUAAAUAGUUCCUGAAAAACCUCACGAGGAUGUUACUAUUAAAGUUAUUUAUUUAUUUACUAAGAGAUCACCGACACUUUGCACUUCCAAAGGGUAAGACGACUGUUUUAAGAACACUUUUAUUUUGUUAUUGUGCCUAAAGUACAAUUAAAUGAUUCGGUUUGAAUGCUUUUAUAUUUUAUAUGCAUGAAUUUUUAAUAUUUUCAAUAUUGAUGUAUGGUAAAUUAUUCUAUUUUUACAGUUAGUUUUAUUUGUAAAUACGCAAUUCAGCCUCUGGCUGCCCAUGUAUUUAUUUUUAAUAAACUAUCUAUCUGUCUAUCUAUCUAUCUAUCUAUCUAUCUAUCUAUCUAUCUAUCUAUCUAUCCUAAUAGUCCGCAUUUCCUCUAAACGAUCGCUUAACUCUUUUCUGUUUGACUUUGGGUUUACGAUUCACCGUAAACCAGCUGCCAUUUCUACUUUGAUAUCGCGCCAAAAGUUCGAAUAACUUACUUCCAUUUGACUGACGAACUUACUGUUCUGGCAAAAAUAACCAACAAAAUGAAAAAACCUGCGCUAGUUGCUAUAGCCAAAUGUUGAUGCUAAUGACAGUUUGAUGAACGAUACAUCAUGAUGUUACACACAUCUACAGUAUACAGCACAAAAGAAAUAAACCUUCAAAAUAAAAAGUAUCAUAAUAAUUGUUUUCUUUUUUUAAUACAAUUAAAGAAUAAUACGAGAAUAUUUUCAGCCUGAAAUCGACAGAAAAAAAAUAAGAAUUAACUCAGCCUGUGUGUUUUAAACUGAAGAAACUGAAGCUAAUACGACUUACAUCUUAUUAGCUGCCUUCAAGUUAAUAAAGGAUACUAGUGUAAGUUGAUUUUGUUGUAUUCGAUUGCAGUUUUUGGCAUAUAUUAUACUUUUUGACACAUAGUUACUCUUCGGAUUACCACGUCAUGUAUACAGCUGUUUUGAGAAAGGUUGUCGGAAAAACUGUGCACACGAAAAUGCCCGAAAGGUAAUAUGGGAUAUGACCAAUAUACUUUUUUCUGACACUGUAGCUGUCGAACCUGCUUUUGUUGCUUUCCUUUAGCUUUCGCAAACAUACAUCCAUGGCCUCUCGUGCCAUUCUUUCAAAUUUCUUUGAAGAACAGUAAACUCAAAACUACGAACAAUACCAUUAGGAAUUAUCGCGUGCACUUUUUCCGACACCGUUUCACGAAAUAGCUGUAAACAGGUGUUCUGAUUAUUUGCAAUUGAUACUAAAUUAAGGAACGGAUGAUUUAUUAAUUAACUAGGGUGCUGUACCUUUAGGCCGCUUCACACUCUUUAAGUCACACGUGAACAUGUAGUUUAUCAAAAAAUGUGUUCAUGGGUCCAGCAAAUACUGUUGGAUUGGUUUGCGACGUAAAAAUCAGUUUUCCUUUAAAGUCACCGCUCAACUCUUUCUGUUUGACUGCAUGUUUGCGAUUCAUGAUUGAAAACCAACUGCCUUUGCUUAUUUAAUAUUCCGUCAGUAGUUAAAUACAACUUUCUUCCUUUUUAACUGACAAACGUCAACAUUAUACGAACUAUUGCGUUUCGCUUGAAAGAAAAUUAAUACUAAUUACUUUGUGAUGAUCAAGUUGCAUUUAAAGUUUUAACUCCGGGUUCAGACAUGCAAAGUUUCAAUUUCAAGUAAGGUGACAGUUUGGAUAUUGUGAGCGAGCACGACUUACUCACAGGGACUUUUUUUUACUAAUGUCGCGGAAGACUCAACAGUACUCAGUUAAAAACCAAUUGCCAUCGGAGGAGGACGUCUGGAGAAUAUUCAGUAAGUCUAGCAAAGAGUAAUUUCCAGUCUCAGUCUCGUUUAAAAAAGAAAACAUAUGCAGAGUUCUUCAAACGUUCUACACAGCUGCUGAAACUUAAGACUGUAUAUAACGCUCCAUUCAAUGGUGGAAGCUGAAGGUCAGUCUCAUUCAAAAACGGAUAAAAACCUAGAAAGCAAUGAAAUUCUUUGCAUAUUAUAGAAACUGAACACUGAUUAGGGUUAUGUAAAAAAAAGAUGGCAAGUGCUGAAGACUUGCAUAUGACACUUGUUAUUAACUGCUUCUUCAACGCUUUCUUGUCUUUCACCGCCAUCGUAUUAAACAUCAUAACAAUGCAAGCGCUCAGAAAAACGUCGUCGUUACCUAAGACUUUAAAAACUUUGCUACUAAGCUUGGCUGUGUCUGAUCUGGGUGUAGACUUACUUGUCCAACCACUGUAUGUUGCAAUUCUUGUGAUGAAAAUAAAACAAAACACAAACAGUACUGCUUAUAAAGCAGUAAACGAAGCGUAUUUAAUCCAGAAAAAAACAUUGGUCUUUGCUUCGAAUUUUGGUGUUUUUGCAUUAGCUGUGGACAGAUUUUUGGCCAUUUAUCUUCAUCUCAGAUAUCAGGAGCUUGUGACUCACAAACGUGUUGUUGCUGUUGUGAUCUCAGUCUGGGUGUUUAGUGCAUCAAUUUCCAUCCUACGUAAAUUGUACGAUUGUGAUAUUAUGCGAGCGGUCAUUUUAGUUGUUUGUGUCGUAACUACAGGAUUGCUUUAUUGCAAGAUAUACGCAGCCGUGAGACACCACACAAACCAGAUUCACGCUCUGCAAUUACAACAGGCGACACAGAAUGAAGAUAUGACAAAUGCCGCAAGGCUGAAAAAAUCUUCACUGGCUACAUUCUACAUUUAUUUCGUGUACUUAGUUUGUUAUUUGCCAAUAUGUUGUGUUGUUUUUGCCAAGACCAAUGGUGAAACUCCCUUGUUAUCUCAUUUAUGGUAUAUCACAUUGACUCUUGUGUUUCUCAAUUCAUCCCUCAAUCCCUUGAUCUACUGCUGGAAGAUGAGACACAUUCGACAAACUGUUUUGGAUAUACUUGGAAAUAUUUUUGCGAUUGGUCCACACUAA